AUGAAAGAGCCUCAGCUUCCAGCUCCCGAUCCUCCAAGCCACUCGGCAAAUGGAAAUUUCAGGAAACAGACUCGUUUCCUCGUCAUUGGUGCCGGAUCCCGUGGGAAUGCCUAUGCACGCGCCGUGACAACUGCUACUCCAGGCACCAUCCAUGCCGUCGCCGAACCACACCCCUUCAAGCGGAGCGAAUUCGGACGAAAUUAUAUCUGGGGAAGCGAGGGCACUCCAUCGGAAGGACAAGUAUUCAGCGACUGGCGCGAAUGGAUCAAGUGGGAGACUACUCGACGACAGCGAGCUAGUAAAGACAGCGACGACGGCAAUGGGACAACAGGCUCGGGCCCAGUCGGCGUGGACGGUGUCUUUAUCUGCACUUUAGACGAAACACACGUUGAGAUCGUGCAGGCAAUUGCACCACUACAGCUCCACAUCCUCUGCGAAAAGCCACUAGCUCUAUCGCUGCAAGAUUGCCUGACAGUCUACCGGACACUCCAGCCGCCAGAGAGCUCAACGCAGAAGCCCCGGUCGCCCCCAACGAUCUUCUCGAUCGGCCAUGUCCUCCGCUAUAGCCCGCACAACACCCUCCUGCGCAAACUACUCCUCGCAGACCGGGUCAUCGGCGACAUCGUCUCGCUGGAACACUGCGAGCCAGUAGGCUGGUGGCAUUUCUCGCACAGCUACGUCCGGGGAAACUGGCGACGAGCCAAUGCGGCGGGAGACGGCUCAUUGCUCACGAAAUCCUGCCACGAUAUCGACUUUAUCCUCUGGCUUCUCUGCUCGCCGCCUUCCCUCGAGACAGCGCGAGCGGAGGGCCAUGAGCCACAUUUCCCGCGCUCGAUUUCCUCCGCGGGCGCCCUGACGCAAUUCCGGCGUGCGCGCAAGCCUACUGCGGCCAAGGAUGCGACUAAUUGUCUUUCCUGUCCUGCGGAGCCGGAUUGCAGCUAUAGUGCUCUGAGGAUUUAUAAGGAUCGUCAUCUGGCGAAGGGUCAUCGGGCCUGGCCGGUGGACAUUGUCUGUCCUGACAUUGAAGAUGUGUAUCAAUCGCGAGGGCCCGAAGCUGCGGAAGCUCAUCUCCUCUCUUGUUUACGGGAGGAUUAUGAUGUUACCACUGAUGCGGACUCGGCCAUUUCUGCGCGGCCUUGGUAUGGGCGAUGCGUGUACGAGGCGGAUAAUAAUGUCUGCGAUGAUCAGACUGUCACGUUUGCGUGGGAUGAUGAAGAGAAGGCGCCCGGGCGUCUGGCGAAGACUGCGACGUUCCAUAUGAUUGCGCCGACGGAGAAACAGUGUGAGCGUCGCGGACGUGUCUAUGGAACGACCGGUGAGAUCGAGUAUGACAGCAACACGAUCUCGAUUUAUGAGUUUGCGACUGCGAAGACAACGACCAUUAAUGUCCCCAAGCCACCGCCAGACCAGAAAGAGUCUCACGGGGGUGGAGACUAUGGCCUUGCUAGGCAAUAUGUCCGUGCCGUUGAAGCUGUUGUGAAUGAUGGCCUUGAUAUUGAAACAGCGCAGGCACGGUUUGUCGGGUGCACGCUGGAAGAGGCUGUCAUGAGUCACGCCGUGGUGUUUGCAGCCGAGGAGGCGAGACGUGAUGAACAAGUCGUCAUGUGGAAGGAGUGGUGGGACACCAAAUUGGCAGCGUCGGCGAAGGCUUGGACAGCCUGA